CGGACCAGAACGUGGAGGCACGUCACAUGCACCUAGUAUGCUCAACAGUCCCGCCGCUCGUUUCGGCGAUGGGACCGAGUGGAGCUUGAUCACGAGCAAGAAUACGGAGGGAAAACCGUUCGGCUAGCUCAAGAGAUGCUGGCUGGCUGUCAGGGGAUACUUGCGUUGUUGACUGUUUGGAGAAUGGGAGUGUGUCAUGCUACAUAGUCACAUCAGAGUCGGCAGCAUAUGAGGCUUGGUAGGGUCUGUCUGGUCCGCGUGCAUGUCGGACCGUGAGGCUCGUUCCAGGCGACCAGAUGUGCCUUGGGACAAACACACUGUUCCCCGUCGGUGCCGCCUUGCCGACAUGCGCGCAGAGCGGAGAGCACAGGGGAAGGGUGGCCGGGUGGCGGUGCUGUGCCCUGGCUGGCCCUUGCCGAGUUGCCGUCGUUGGGUCGGGUCGGGACUGGGGACUACGGAUCUCAGCUCCCUCGUUGGCGCUUCCAGCAGACGCCAUCCACCGGCGGUGCUGCUAUGGAGCCUGCCCGAGGCUCAGCCCACUAGUACUCGUUUCAGCUCCGCUCUUUCCUCGUUUUGCAUCGUCCUCAGCAGCACGCAGUCGUCGCCACUCAAUGCGAAACUUACUCUCAGCUACCCUUUCAGCCAUCGCGCUCGCUUAGAGAACAUUCGCCACUCGUGCGUUUCCCGGCCCGGAAACCACGGCGGUGAACUCGCCUGCGUCCAUCCCUGUGCUCCGCGUGAUCAUGGCCGCGCUCCUCGCCUGCGUGCUGCUGCUCGGCGCGCUUCUCUCCCCCGCCGCUACCUCCGCAACUGCCACAGCCCUGGAUGGCGGACAUACUAGCAGCAGCCUGCGACGUGUCCAACAACAGUUUCACUGGACCCUUCCCCUCAGCCAUUCUACAGUCGCCGUACUACUACAACCUCAAUCUGUCCGCCAACAAUUUCUCUGGGCUCCUGCCACCACAGGUCACAUCCCUGACAGUAAUCACCAGCCUAUCCCUCUCUCACAACCAGCUUCAGGGCUCACUUCCUGUAGCGCACUUGUCCUCUUCCCUCGUAUCUCUGCAAUGCAUUCUCCGGGCCUCUCCCGGACGUGGCUACUUGGAACACAUCAGGCCUCCAGACGCUGAACAUCUCUGGCUCGGGCUGUCCUGCCCUGCAGACGGCAGCAAGUGUGUGGUGCAGCAGAGCAAUGCCACCAGCUUCUGCCGCCUUUGCUUCUCCCUCUGCUCCUCCUGCACGCCCCUCACGUGGAAUCUCUUGCACAUGGGAUCUAUCUGUAUCAGGUGAGUAUUUGUAGGGUGCGCGCCUGCAUGCACUGUGCACGGUUUAGUCGAGUAUGUGUCGAUCACUACAUGAGCUUUUGCCCAAUGCUCCAGUGUCAGCUCCCACAGCAACCCCUGCAUCCGAAGCAGCACCAGCAUCAACUGCAGCACCAGCAUCAACUGCAGCGCCAGCAGCACCAGUGCCUCAGGCACCAUCUGCCCCUCCCAGACUCCUGCCUCCUCUCCCCACAAGCCUGCAUCCAGCCUUUUCACGCCCUCUGCUGCUGCUGUCAGACUCUCUGCUGCUGCUGCUGCUGCUGCCCUCUCACUCCUUGCUUUUGGCAUUUAAAAUGUGCAGUUGGUGCAUAAUUGAGGCUGGAAAAUUGUUUAGAUGGUUGUGGUGUGGUGGGGAGAGGAGGCUGGGCAAGUGUGUACCCGAAAUGACGUAUCGUUAUCCCCAGUUAAGCUUGGUAAAGCGUACAACACUGUAACAGGGUUGCUGUGUGUUGGGCUGAGAAAAGCCCUUACGAUCUUUCAGAGACUAAGUCCCACUUGUACAAG